UAGGCAUGCAAAACGAAUAAAUAUUUGUACACUACAUUCUGCAUCAGUGAUCUAUUUGUGACCAAUCUAUCAGUGAAUUAUCUCAGUACACGUGUAAAUGAGUGUAACGAUGUUUUAUCGCGAAAACAAAUGAGCAGUGAUAAAAUAAUUUGUAAUAAUCUAGUGUUUUGUUAGUACAACGUAUUUUAAUCGCAAUGAUGAAGAGUACUCUGCCUAAAGACAAGCCUGGCAAGAUGAGAAUCAGGGCUUUUCCAAUGACUAUGGAUGAGAAGUAUGUGGAGAGCAUAUGGAGUUUACUUAAGAAUGCUAUACAAGAAAUACAAAAGAAAAACAAUUCCGGGCUCUCUUUUGAGGAACUGUAUCGUAAUGCAUACACUAUGGUGUUGCAUAAACAUGGAGAAAGACUUUACACAGGAUUAAAGGAAGUUGUAACUCAACAUCUGGAAACUAAGGUCCGGGAAGAUGUUCUUCAUUCUUUACACAAUGGAUUCCUGCAAACCCUCAAUAAUGCUUUUACUGAUCACCAAACUAGUAUGGUGAUGAUUCGUGACAUACUGAUGUAUAUGGACAGAGUUUAUGUUCAACAAAAUGAAGUAGACAAUGUAUACAACUUGGGACUCAUCAUAUUCAGAGAUCAGGUUGUCCGUUAUGGAUGUAUUCGAGACCAUCUACGUCAGACUCUACUGGAGCUGGUGGCUCGCGAGCGUCGCGGCGAAGUAGUGGAUCGGCUCGCCAUCCGCAACGCUUGUCAAAUGCUCAUGGUACUCGGUAUUAAUUCGCGAGCAGUGUAUGAAGAAGAUUGAAAACCCUUCCUGCAUCAGUCUUCAGAGUUUUAUAGAAUGGAAUCUCAAAAGUUCCUGGCGGAGAACAGUGCGGCGGUGUACAUCAACCGUGUGGAGGCGCGCAUCGCUGAAGAGGCGGAGCGUGCGCGCCACUACCUGGACGAGUCUACCGAGCCGCGCGUCGUCGCCGUGCUCGAGCACGAGCUCAUCGAGCGGCACAUGAAGACCAUCGUCGAGAUGGAGAACUCUGGCGUGGUGCACAUGCUGACGCACACGCGCACGACGGAGCUGGCGUGCGUGUACAAGCUGCUGUCGCGCGUGGCGGAGGGGCUGCGCACGGUGGCGGACGCGGUGUCCGCGCACCUGCGCGAGCAGGGCCGCGCGCUCGUCACCGACGACUCGCACAGCACCAACGCCAUCGCUUACGUGCAGAAUCUACUUGAUCUUAAAGACAGAUUUGAUCAUUUCCUGCAAAAUUCUUUCAACAACGACAAGAUUUUCAAGCACAUGAUUGCAUCAGAUUUUGAAUACUUUCUUAACUUAAAUAAUAAGUCUCCAGAAUUCUUGUCUUUAUUUAUUGAUGGAAAACUGAAGAAAGGCGAAAAAGGCAUGAGUGAGCAGGAAAUCGAAGCGGUAUUAGACAAGACUAUGGUGCUGUUCCGUUUCCUGCAAGAGAAGGACGUGUUCGAACGCUAUUACAAACAGCACCUCGCCAAGCGACUCCUGCUCAACAAAUCGGUCUCCGAUGACAGUGAAAAGAAUAUGAUCUCCAAACUUAAGACUGAGUGUGGUUGUCAGUUCACAUCGAAGUUGGAAGGCAUGUUCAAAGACAUGACAGUCUCGAACACAAUCAUGGAAGAGUUCAAGGAACAUGUACUGUCAGCUGGGACCAAUCUUCACGGCGUGGAUUUAUCUGUACGUGUCCUGACAACCGGAUUCUGGCCGACACAAAGUGCAACACCCAAAUGCAAUAUACCUACCGCCCCGAGAAAUGCGUUUGACGUUUUUAGAAGUUUCUACCUGGCGAAGCACUCGGGGCGGCAGUUGUCGCUGCAGCCGCAGCUGGGCAGCGCCGACCUGCACGCCACGUUCCGCGGCGGCGCGCCGGGGCCGGCGGCGGGCGGCGCGGCGAGCGGCUCGGCGAACGGCUCGGCGAACGGCUCGGCGGGCCCCGGCUCGCCGCCGCACUCCCCCGCCGCGCCCGCCGCCGCCGCCGCGCCGCGCCGGCACAUCAUACAGGUCUCCACCUUCCAGAUGUGCGUGCUGCUGCUCUUCAACAAGCGCGAACGACUCACCUACGAGGAAAUACUGAACGAGACUGAUAUACCUGAAAAAGAUCUGGUUCGCGCACUGCAGUCGUUGGCCAUGGGUAAACCCACUCAGCGAGUACUGAUAAAACAACCUAAGACUAAGGAAAUUGAACCUUCACACGUGUUCUAUGUUAAUGAUGCUUUCACAUCAAAACUACAUAGGGUUAAGAUUCAGACUGUAGCAGCUAAAGGCGAGUCGGAGCCUGAACGACGUGAAACUCGCAACAAAGUGGACGAAGAUCGAAAGCACGAGAUAGAAGCCGCCAUCGUGCGCAUUAUGAAAGCUCGAAAGAAAAUGGCUCACACGCUGCUGGUGGCGGAGGUGACGGAGCAGCUGCGGGCGCGGUUCCUGCCGUCGCCGGUGGUGAUCAAGAAGCGCAUCGAGGGCCUCAUCGAGCGCGAGUACCUCGCGCGCACGCCCGACGACCGCAAGGUCUACACUUACGUCGCAUAGGCUAUAACACACACUCAAGAUUGUUAAGUCCUUGAAGGGGAUGCCAAGUUAGAAGUGAUAGAAGUAACAAAGUAUUUAAAUUAUUUCAAAAUAAAAUUAUUAGUUAUUAUCAAA